AUGCCCUCGCACCACGGCGAUCACGGUGGUGAAGGUCACGGCGGCGGCGGCGGCGUCGCUGAGGUAGUCAAGGACCGCGCCUCCGUCGUCGUCAACGAGAUCUCCCGCGGGCCCGUCAACAACGAGAUCAUCCUCGCGAACCGGGAACGAGAUAUCGCCGUCGUGCCGCCGGGCGCGCAGGUCAUCAACGAGGUCACCACCACCGAGGUCUUCCCUGGCCGUCCGGGGUACGGGUACGGAUAUGGGCCUGGGCCGGCGGGCUACCAGCUCUGUUCGCAGUGUCGGCGUUACUGGCACAACUCCUUCUCCGAGACCGUCUGCUACCGCUGCCGCUCGUCCUACGGCUACCGAGACCGCUUCGACGACCGGUACAGCUACCGAUCGGGGUACUGCUCGAGCUACGGCUACGGGUCGGAGCGGUGUUCUUACUGCGAGCGGCUGCGGUUCGAGGGGCCCGGGUACUACGGCGGCGUGGGCAUUUGCAGGGAUCGUUAUGGUCGGCCUGCGUUGUGCAGGCCGAGAAGGGUUUUGGUUGAGAAGAAGACUGUGAAGAAGUAUUACUACUAA